AGCGACUGUAGUGUUUUUGUCCCUGCGCGGCCUCCGUACACAGCGUGUAUUUCAAUGACACUGAGCUUUCAUAAGUCAGCUCACUUCAUCAGGGUGUAAAGAUGUCUUUAACCUUUUUAUUCAGAACAAUUACAAGAGGCGUUACAAAGGUCAGCAUUUGCCAUCAUGUCCAGUCGUUACACACAGGUUGUCAGCUUCUGGCAACUGAGAAAGCCCUCCUGAUGAAACUGCGGAAAAGCACCGGCUACACCUUCAUAAACUGCAAGAAAGCCCUGGAGAAGUUUGAUAAUGACAUGGCACAGGCAGAGACCUGGCUACAUGAGCAGGCCCAGAAGGAGGGCUGGAGCAAAGCAAACAAGCUGGAGGGUCGCAAAGCCAAAGAGGGUCUGAUUGGUCUGUUUAUAGGAGAUAAAGCUGCAGUUAUGGUGGAGGUUAACUGUGAGACAGACUUUGUUGCCCGUAAUGAGAAGUUCCAGCAGCUGGUUAAGGAUGCGGCAUUUGCCACCUUGGCUCACCACCGGAAUAAAACCCAAAGCCAUGCAGGAUAUGUGAAGAGUGUCCUGGCAGGUGAUGAGUUAAACAAACUCAGUUUGGAUGAUGGAGCUUCACUUUCUGAUCGGGUCGCUCUCACAAUAGGUCGCCUCGGUGAGAAUAUGUCAGUGAGGCGGGCGGUGACGGUGGGUGUCCCUGCUGAGUGGCACAUCGGCUCGUAUGUACACGGUGGCGUGAGCGGCCAGACUGAAGUGGCCAUGGGUCGAUACGGCUCCCUGGUCGUGUUUCAUGGUGGAAAGGAGGGAGAACGGGAAGUUCUAGGACGUAAGCUGGGACAGCACGUAGUGGGAGAGGCCCCUGUGUCCCUGGGCAACAUGGAUGACCUGCCUUGCGGUGAAAGUGAGACUCGCCUGCUGCCUCAGACCUUCUUGGGAGACCCCAGCAGGACUGUGGCACAGUUCCUCAGGGGUCAACAGGCUCGUGUGCUGGACUUUGUCCGAUUUCAGUGUGGCGAGGCAGAAGAAGCUAAAUGAAGGGAGGGAAAUCAUUCAUCCAAAAGGAUUCGUCAUGUGUCUUUAUUUAAUAUGAAGAUUAAAUGCAACUACCCAUUUAUUCUUGAACAUUCAGACAGUCACACAGUGUCUCUGUAAAUUUGAAAGCAGAAUAUGUCUACCAGCGUUGGUGCCUGAUGAAAUUACCAAUCCAACAAUAAAAUUAUUUUUUUUCCCUGGAAA